AUGAGGGGUCGAGUAUAUCAAACGUCUAACGGCAAAAGAUUCGUUCCCUCUCAUCAACCGCCCACUGUGAAGCAUGCUCAAAGAAGCCUGCGCAACAUCCCGCGGCCUUAUCUUGACACAUUGUUAGACUCGCUGCCACGAACAGGUCAGGCUGUUAUUGAUGCCAAUGAGUUUGCAAUAGAGUACUGGUUUUGCUUAUUAAUCAUUGUCAGGUGA